AUGCUUCAAAAUUGUGCAAUAUUUUACAUUCUGGGUGACAGUAUCAAAGUCGACAGUAAUAUCGACCUAUCAGAAAUUGAAGGCUCAUUGGGCCGAUGUCAGUCAACACAACCAUUAUUUUAUAAUCAAAAUAAUGAAUAUCAAUUAUUGGUAACUCAAAAGAUGAAUGCUUAUACUGGACAAUGCCGGUGGCAGAACCAUUCGAAUAUUUACCUCAGUUGUUUAUUUGAUCGAAAAAUUUGGCAAAAACAUUCGAUCAAACCAUCUGCAAAUGAUGACAUGGAAUUAAUUGGACAUAUUAGCGACGUAGACACCGAUAUCCUCCAUGUCUUUUACACUGACGAAAAUGGACUUGUCCAUGAUUCAACGUAUAACAUUUCAACGGAGAAAUUUAUCAAGCAAGCAGUUCUGCAGCAAAAAAAUUUAAAAAUAUUGUCCUACGAUUCAGAUCGUAAAUUAAUGUAUAUGUUGACGAAUGAAAUGGUUUAUCAGAAAGUAAAAAGUAAUUUCGGUAUUUUUGUCUAUGAACCAACUUAUGCUAAAACUUUAGGUGACGGUCGUGUAGCUUACUAUGCCGGAAAAGAAGGUAGUCCUGAGCAAGUUUGCAUAGCGGAGGAACUACCGGAUGAAAUGCUCUACAUGUCCUUAUUCAUAGGCGCAGAGAGUAAAUCAGUUCAUGAACGGAUUCGAACCCAGCUUUCUCCCAAGCCAAUACCAAUUGACCCCGAUUUGCAAACGACCACAGUGCCGAUGAUAGCUACUAGGCCUUCAUUUCAAGCUAUUGCAUUUGUUCUCCUUAUGCUACUAUUAUGUAUUAUUUUCAGGUGA